GGAAGUAUAGAGGGAACCAACAAGUUCUAGUAGUUCUGCCCUUGUAUGCCCUGCUUCUUUCCUCUUGAGAUCAUAUCUAGAAAGAAAAUGAGAACUUCGGGCUUCGUUGCUAUUUUCUUCCUGAUAUUCCUUUCUGUAUCCUCAGCCUAUCCAGGCUGGAAGAAGCAGUACAAUCCAUGCAAGCAAUUAGUCCUCUACUUCCAUGACAUUAUUUACAAUGGCCAGAAUGCUGCUAAUGCUACAGCAGCAAUUGUGGCAGCCCCAGAAGGUGCUAACCUAACCAUCUUAGCAGGGCAGUUCCAUUUUGGAAACAUUGCAGUUUUUGAUGAUCCCAUCACUCUUGAUAACAAUCUUCAUUCUCCUCCAGUUGGUAGGGCUCAAGGCAUGUAUAUCUAUGACACCAAAAACACCUUCACUGCUUGGUUAGGCUUUACAUUUGUUCUUAAUAGCACAAAACACCAAGGGACGAUAAAUUUCAUUGGAGCCGACCCAAUUAUGGUGAAGAGUAGAGAUAUAUCAGUAGUUGGAGGCACUGGAGAUUUUUUCAUGCACAGAGGAAUUGCAACGGUAAUGACUGAUUCAUUUGAAGGUGAUGUGUAUUUCAGGCUCCGCGUCGAUGUCAAAUUCUAUGAAUGCUGGUAAAAUAGAAGAUAGAAUAUUGAGUGUUGGUGAGUUAAUAUUAAUGUACUGAUUUGUUUUGUAUUCUCUGCUAGAAGUGUCCUAUCAGAAGAGCAGCAACCUAAGCUUGCUGCUUGCAUGACCAAAUAAAAAAGUUUGAAAUAUAAUCCCUUUUCUGUUA